AUGGCUAGUAAAAUAGGACAAGAAAAUCUCCAGAAGCUCCUUGAAGCACGCACUACACUUCUUGAAAAAGCCUUCGAGGCAGUCGACGUUGAUCAAGUCAUGGCCUGGCAAUCUAAGGGUAUCCGCUUCGAUGAUGUGUCUCUUGGAAAAUUCGAUAUGGAUUAUGCCGCUUUAGAAGCCAUGUGCACAGAAAAUUUCAGCCACAUGACGUCCCUUCGAGUUGUAAAGUCAACGACGUCAGGCAACACACCGGAAUUCGUUACAUGGGAAAUGGACAUCGAAAUUGUCAACAAGGAAGAUGAGCCAGCCCUCGGGAUCAGAAAAGGCCAGCCGAUACCACUCAAGGGUAUUGCUGUGCAGUGGUGGAGAUGGGAAGGCGAAGGCAACGAGUGGGAUGGCGAUGUCUCUGAAAAGGGGGUUAGAGGGUGGGAGGUGUUGAAAGAGAACGACUAUUUCAUUCCAGCAAGGACCUGA